AUGUCCAACCACGACUACUACCGUGAUUUGUAUGGACCCAGAUCGGACCGGAACCCUUACGAGGCGCCCCACAACGACAACUUUGUCGCUACCCCCUCGUACCACUACUACGUGCAACAGCAGCAGCGGCAUCAGGGCAACCCGGCGGGAACAACCCAUUUGCACCCAACCAUAUCUGACCACUCAGAUACAACAACCACAUAUGUUGAGUACCAGCUGGAUGACCUGUUGGCAGAUGAGCCUUCGAUGCAACAGCAGCAGCAGCGUCAGCAUGAGAAGAAAAAGGCCAAGAAGAAGAAGGUUCCUAGAGUGCCGAGGUUUCGCAGAGACAAGAGAGCUGGCGCUGGCGCUGGCGCCGGUGCUGGCCUGGGCUCGGGACAGGGAGACCUUGAGAACGGAAAGGCCGAGUUGGUGAACGAAAAACGUCUCUUCAGCUUCUUGUUCAGCAAAAAAGUCGACCCGGUGCCUCUUCCCGAUGAGAGAAAGCCUUACCCAUGGAAACUCACUAACUGGGCGAACCGGGCAGUGUUCUACUGGAUCUGGCCCAUCUUGAUCAGGGGCUACAAGAGAACGUUGCAGCCCGACGAUCUCUGGUACUUGACAGACGAGUUGACCGUGGAGCACUUGCAUCGCGAAUACAGAAAGAACUUGAAGAAGAUCUUGGACAAGCUGAAAAAUAAGCACAUUGAAAAAAAGGGCGGCGGCGAAGGCUCCGACGACGACUGGGAGUGGCCCUUCUAUGCGGUGCCGUUGGCGCUUUUCAACACCUUCAGAUUCCAGUACACCAUGUCGUGCAUCUUUUUGGCGCUUUCGUUUGUCUGCCAGGCGACGUCUCCCUUGAUCACCAGAAGGUUGAUUGACUUUGUGGAAUAUCGUUACUUUGGCAUCGAAACCACCUACAACAAGGGUAUCGGCUACACUAUUGGUGCUGUCAUUCUUAUAUUCGUCAAUGGUUUGCUUUUAAACCAUUUUUUCCAUAAUGCCAUGGUUGCUGGUGCUGCCUGCAAGGCUAUCUUGACCAAGGACGUCUUAAUCAAAUCUUUCAAAUUGUCCGCUAAGGCCAAGCACCGUUUCACCACUGGCAGAAUCACUUCCCUUAUGAGUACUGAUUUGCUGAGAAUCGACUUGGCCAUUGGUUUCCAGCCUUUAGUGGUGUGUUUCCCUAUUCCUGUGGUUAUUGCCGUUGUGCUUUUAUUGACCAACAUUGGUGUCACUUCCCUCGUGGGUAUUGGCCUUUUCGUGGUUUCCCUUGUUGUCUGUGUUCUUCUUACAUCCAAAUUGUUUUUCACCAGAGAAACUGUUGUCAAGUACACUGAUAAGAGAAUCUCGUUGAUGCGUGAGGUGCUCAACAACCUCAAGAUAAUUAAAUUCUACGCCUGGGAGUUGGCCUACAAAGCCAACAUCACCAAAGUGAGAAACCAGGAAAUGAAGUACCUUUUCACCAUCAAAGUCUUGAGAAACUUCAUCACCGCCUAUGCUGUUACUUUACCUACCCUCACAUCGAUGAUCUCUUUUGUUACCAUGUGGAAAACCGGCAACAUGAGAGAUGCUGGCCGUGUCUUCUCCUCACUUUCGCUUUUCUCGAUUUUGGCUCAGGCCAUUAUGCUUUUACCAAUUGCUCUUGCUACCGGCGCCGACGCCAUGAUCGGUUUCCGCAGAUGCAAGGACUUCCUCAGUGCUACCGAAUACGACAGUGACUUGGACAGGAAAUUGAAGCAGGAAGAGGACGAGUACGUGAUCGGCUCUGACGAGCUGGUCUCUGGAUUCGAGUUCAAGGGCAACCACAAGGAUAACGACUCUUUCAACAGCGACACUUACUACGGCACCGAACAGGAAAAAAUCUCAUCUCUUCCUCCGAACGUGGACAUUCAAAUUUCCCAUGCUGACUUUGUGUGGGAUCAGUACCAAGGCGAAGAGGACGACGACAGUGAUUCUCUUUGGGAGCCUGUUUCCAAGAAGUCUGACGGCAUUAAUGAGAAGACUGCCAAUGUGAAGAUGUCUCUGGAGCUGCACUCCAAGGAUGCGAAGAACUCUUCUUUCCCAGGUCUUCUUGACAUUAACUUAACUAUCAACAGUGGUGAGUUUGUGGUGAUAACUGGUGUCAUUGGUUCAGGUAAGACUUCCUUACUUAACGCCAUUGCAGGAUUUAUGAAGAUGACAAACCCUGGUGUUGGCUCUGUGACUAUCAGCAAAGACUUGUUACUUUGUUCUCAGCCAUGGAUUCAGAACGCUACAGUUCGCCAAAAUAUUCUCUUUGGAAGCCCCAUGGACAGAAACAGAUACAAGGCUAUUCUCAAGGCAUGCUGCUUGGAAGACGACUUGAAAGAGUUGACUCACGGUGACCAAACUGAAAUCGGUGAGAGAGGUAUAACCCUCUCCGGUGGUCAAAAGGCCAGAAUCAACUUAGCAAGAGCAGUUUACCGUGGUGGGGACACUAUGCUUUUCGAUGAUGUCUUGUCUGCUGUGGAUGCUAGAGUAGGUAAAAGAAUCACUGACGAGUUGUUCUUUGGCUUCUUGAAAAACACUACCAGAGUGUUGGCCACUCACCAGCUUUCCUUGGUGGCUUCUGCUGACAAGAUUGUUUUCUUAAACGGCGACGGUACCAUUGACGUUGGCACCACUGAGGAGCUCAAAGCUAGAAACCCCGGUUUCGGAAAAUUGAUUGAGUUCUCCAAGGAAGAUGCUCUGGGCGCUCCUAGAGAAGAGACAAUCCAGUCCAAUGACAAUGUUUGUCUUUUGCCUAGCGGUGUUGGUGUUGAGAACGAAGAAGAUGUCAAAUUGGCUGUUACACUGUCAAUUCUUCCCGAGAAUGGUGCAGCUGGUGACAUUGUUGGUCGUACGGUUGAGGAUGAAGAUAAAGCUGUAAAUGCUAUUUCCUGGACAGUCUACAAGAACUACAUCAAUUUGGGUGCUGGUAUUUUCGGAUACACGGCUGCUCCCGUUUUCCUUUUCCUUGUUGCCAUUGCCACUUUCUGCCAAUUGUUCACUAACACAUGGCUUUCCUUCUGGAUGGAGAAGAGAUUCAAGCAGUUGUCUGAUCAUUUUUAUGUUGGAUUCUACGUCGCAUUUGCAUUUUUGACUGUCUUCUUUACUGGUAUUCAGUUCACCAUGUUGGCAUACAUGAACAACAGAUCAGCUGAGCUUUUGAACGUGAAGGCUGUCGAAAAGAUCUUGCACUGUCCUAUGAGCUUCAUGGACACCAAUCCGUUGGGGAGAGUUCUCAACAGGUUUACCAAGGACACUGACUCCUUGGACAACGAGAUUGGUGAACAAUUGCGUUUGUUCAUUUUCCCACUUGCUAUGAUCAUUGGUAUUAUCAUCUUGUGUAUCUGUUAUUUGCCAUGGUUUGCUAUUGCCGUUCCUUUCUUGGGAUGCGCUUUCUUCUUUUUGGCUGACAUCUACUCGGGCUCUUCUCGUGAAAUCAAGAGAUUAGAAGCCGUUCAAAGAUCUGUCGUCUACAAUAACUUCAACGAGAUCUUGACCGGUAUGCACACAAUCAAGGCAUACAAGGAGGAAGUCAACUUCAUCAAGAAGAAUGACUCUUUGCUUAAUCGUAUGAACGAAGCAUAUUACUUGUCCAUCGCCAACCAGAGAUGGUUAUGUGUUCACUUAGACACCAUUGCUGCACUUCUCGCUCUCAUCAUUUCCAUGUUAUGUAUUACUGAGCAAUUCAACAUUUCUCCUCAGUCCACGGGUUUGUUGUUGAACUAUGUGAUUCAAAUUGUCGGUUUGUUGUCGUUGACAGUUCGUGCCAUGACUCAAGUUGAAAACGAGAUGAACUCGGUUGAGAGAUUGCAUCAAUACGCUUUCGACUUGCCACAGGAGGCUGCUUACGAAAAAUCAGAGACCAAACCCCCACCACACUGGCCCCCAUAUGGCUACGUCCAGUUCAAUAACGUCAACUUGCGUUACAGAGAGAACUUGCCAUUGGUUUUGAAGGAUUUGACUUUCGGUGCUUACCCUGAUGAGAAGGUGGGUAUUUGUGGCCGUACCGGUGCUGGCAAGUCUUCCAUCAUGACUGCUUUGUAUCGUUUAAGUGAGCUCGAAUCCGGUAGUAUCACUAUUGAUAACUUGGACAUCAGUCAGAUGGGUUUGCGAGAUUUGAGACUGAAGUUGUCAAUCAUCCCACAGGACCCUGUUCUUUUCCAAGGCACCGUUCGUCGUAAUUUGGACCCCUUCGACCAAUACACCGACGACGUUUUGUGGGACUCCUUACGCAGAUCUGGUUUAAUUUCCGAGGAGCAAUUGGAAAGAGUCAAACAGACAGGGUUGGUGGACAACAACUACGACCAGCUUCACAAGUUCCAUUUGGACCAAAACGUUGAAGAUGACGGAGGCAACUUCUCCUUGGGUGAGAAGCAGCUUCUUGCAUUGGCCCGUGCUUUGGUUCGUGGCUCGAAGAUUUUAAUUUUAGACGAGGCCACCUCCUCCGUUGAUUACGAAACUGACGCCAAAAUUCAAGAGACGAUUAUUCGUGAGUUCAAAAAGUGCACUAUUUUGUGUAUUGCCCACCGUUUGAAGACGAUUUUGACAUACGAUCGUAUCUUGGUGAUGGACCAGGGCCGUAUUGUUGAGAAAGGUACGCCUUGGACAUUGUACAGAAAGAAUGGUCUUUUCAGAAAGAUGUGUGACAAAGCACGUAUCGUUCCUGAGGACUUCCCUCCCCCUCCUAAUGACUAUUAG